GCAGUGAUAAGGGUGAUGGUCUUCGUCAUAUCAUCUUACCCUCUUCCUGACCGACACUGCUUGACCGCACGCGAAAGUAUAUAUCGAGAUCAUGGGGCUUUCUUCCAUUCUUCUGUUGCAGGCUCCUCCAAUCCCUUCGCUUUCUUCCUCAACCCAUUUCUGCUGCCACUCUUCUUCUCUCCCACCGCCAUGUGCGAUCUCGAAGCUCCAAAGGCGGCCGCAGCUCUUCCCUUCCGCUUCGCCUCCAAGCCGCGGGUGGAACCUCUCGAGAAAGCGCUGCGCAUUGGCCGCUCGCGCUGCCGCCGGAGGCUCCGCGGCGGAGGCGCUCCGCAGGAUCCUGGAGUCUCCCGGGAUCCACCAGGGCCCCGCUUGCUUCGACGCGCUCAGCGGCAGGCUUGUUGAGAGGGCGGGAUUCCCGCUGUGUUUCAUGAGCGGUUUUUCAGUUUCAGCUGCUCGUCUGGGAUUGCCAGAUGUUGGUCUCAUAUCGUAUGGAGAAAUGGCUGACCAAGGACGUCAAAUUACCCAAGCGGUAUCGAUUCCUAUAAUUGGAGAUGGUGACAAUGGAUAUGGAAAUGCUAUGAAUGUCAAGAGAACAGUGAAAGGUUUCAUUCAAGUUGGUUUUGCAGGGAUAAUCAUUGAAGACCAGGUGUCUCCAAAAGCCUGUGGUCAUACACGUGGAAGAAAGGUGGUCUCAAGAGAGGAAGCAGUUAUGCACAUAAAAGCAGCUAUUGAUGCACGGAGGGAGAGUGGCUCUGAUAUUGUAAUAGUUGCACGGACUGAUUCUCGGCAAGCGGUAUCUUUAGAGGAAUCACUAAAGAGAUCAAGAGCUUUUGCUGAUGCAGGAGCUGAUGUUCUAUUCAUCGAUGCACUUGCUUCUAGAGAGGAGAUGAAGGCCUUCUGCGAGAUAUCACCUUUACUUCCAAAAAUGGCCAACAUGCUUGAAGGUGGGGGGAAAACUCCCAUACUGAACCCUGUUGAACUUGAGGAGAUUGGUUUCAAAAUUGUAAGCUAUCCGUUAUCUUUGAUUGGAGUAUCAAUCCGAGCAAUGGAGGAUGCUCUUGCUGCCAUAAAGAGUGGUCGUGUCCCUCCUCCUGGGAGCCUGCCAUCGUUUGAUGAAAUCAAGGACACACUGGGCUUUAAUGAUUAUUAUGAAGAAGAAAAGAGAUACAGCAUUAGUCCUUCUCAACCAUCAUAUCAAAGAGGCACAGUAUAUUCCCCUGGAAUAAGCAGUGUUUAUAAUACAAGGCUGACAACUGCAGAAAGACCUGAGCAAAGCCAAAGGGCAGAUGAUCCGAGUGACCCAGUUGUUGAAGUGGUAACUCCAUAUGUCUAUGAUAACUUCAAUUCAGGUGAUAGAAGUCGUCAGUCUGGAAUGUGGUCUCGUUCGCUGAGAUUGAAGAUUACUGGAAGGAAUGGACUUGAGAAACUCGAUGUCAGGAUCCCGGCUGGGUUCUUGGAAGGGAUGGCAGGAGUUAUACCAGGCUUGGGAGGUGUCAAUAUCAUGCAAAUGUUGGAGGAUGCGUCCAUCGAAGGUGGCCCUGAAAGUGGUAAAAUAUUGCUAGACUUCAAUGAUGCCAUGGGAGAUAGGAUUCAGGUGUUUGUGGAGUGAUGGCGCAUGAAUCUUUUAAUAGAACUGCAGUUGUCACCUUUCUUUGUUACCCAAUCGAAGUUGCUGUGCUCCCAGACUCUGUGAUGCCAAUUUUAUUUAGAGCAUCUGAAAGAUAAACAGAUUUGGAUGUUUAUUUUCUAGUAGAAUUAUUAUGAGUAAGACUUCCACUCAAACAGCA